UCCCAACAAUCGACAUUAUUGUUAAUACUUAUACUGUAAGAGAAAAAAAAAAUACACAACUCAACGUUAUGUAAAGUUAAGGUUAACUACCUCAUUACAGCUAAGUUCAAAGCCCAAACUCAGAAUUUCUUGUUAUUUUCAGACCUUCUUCUCCCGGACUAUGGGCGGUUAUUAUGAGAUGGUGGUCCUGGUGGGCGUGGCUUCACUUCUGACGACCGGCCAAUGCGAUGCGAGCUGCAGAGGGACGGACGGCGUGCCGGGAGUGGCAGGACCUCCGGGCAGAGACGGAUAUCCCGGAGCGAAGGGAGACAAAGGAGAGCCGGCUGUGACGGGCAACGUUCCGGUGGAUGUCGGCAUCCUGCCGGCACUGAAAGGGCAGGUGGGGAGUCGCGGCCCUCAGGGGGUCAUGGGCCCUAAAGGUUACAGCGGGCAUCUGGGGCCGACGGGAGCCCACGGAGCCGUCGGACGCCCCGGCCCCGAAGGGGAGAGCAUCCUCCACGGUGGACAGCUCUCCGCUCAGCAGGGUGGCUCAGCCUUCUCAGUGAUCAGGACUGAUAACCGUUAUCCUCCUCUACAGCAGGUAGUAACCUUCCAGACAACCGUGGUCAACAAGGGUCAGGACUUCAACGCAGCCACAGGUCAUUUUACCUGCAGAGUACCCGGUGUUUAUUACUUCACCUUCCACUCGAUGGCAAAGGUCAGCGUGUGUCUGGGGAUCCAAAGUGACGCUCUGGGGGAGAAGCUGGGAUUCUGUGAUUACAAUCGGAACACUGAUCAAGUGCUGUCGGGCGGCGUGGUCUUAAAGCUGAGACUUGGAGAGAAGGUCUGGUUGGAGUCCUUCAGGGACCAGCAGAGGGACGUUGAAACCCGAGACACGCAGGACAAAAGCAUCAUCUUCAGCGGCUUCCUGCUCUUCUCAGACUCAGAAUGAAGUCCAGAGCUGCACCCGAUGAACCCGAGACGGCCUCUUGGAUUUAGCAUCUGAGAGUUCUCAAUUGAACUUCUCAAAAAGCUGUUUUUAACGUAAAAUGAUCCACAACUGAGCAUCAUGUAAAUCCAUAAUUAGGGUUGUUUGAUCGGUUUCCUUCAUAUCGACUUAAACUGUGUCUCAGUAUUUGCUGUAAAUUAAAACAAAAUCAAAGUUUAUUAUUGAACGGUGGGUUGUGUCAUGUUUCAUUAUAUGUUAAGAACAUUUGGUUGAUUUUGUUGAAUUCUCCAAAACCCCAUAAUACAAUGUUGUUGUUUAAUUAUUGUCAUAGUUUCACAUUGUUUUACAACCAGUGAUUAGAGAAGUAAAUACAGCAGUAAAAAAAAAUAUUUUUCUGAGGGGAUAUGAAAUCAAAUUUCACAAAUUGACUUCAUAUCACUUGCCAGAUUUCCUUUUGGGUUAAGAAACUACUGAAGUGCCUGAGUUACUUACAUUGAAAAAUAAAACAGUGAAUUUCCGUCUCAUGAA